AUGUCUGGCUCUGCGCCAACAGUGAGUGGAAAUCAGUCCGUCUGUACCACAUUCACAUUUGUAGCUUUUUCCUCUCUAGCAGAGUUACAGCCUGUGCUCUUUGUUGUGUUCUUAGUCAUUUACUUGUUUACUGUGGGAGGAAACCUCAUCAUCAUCUCCCUGAUCUGGGUCAUCCCUUCCCUGCACACUCCCAUGUAUUUCUUCCUGGUUAACCUCUCUUUUCUGGAGAUCUGCUACAUUACCAGUGUGGUGCCUCGGAUGCUAGUGGACCUGCUGGUGGCGACCAACACCCUAAGUGUGGGUGGCUGUGCAGCUCAGAUGUACAUAUUUGCCAUCUUGGGACUGACAGAAUGCUGCCUGCCAGCAGCCAUGGCUUAUGACCUCUUUGUAGCUAUUUGUUACCCACUGCAUUAUACUCUCCUGAUGGGUCCUUGCGUGUGUUUGAAAUUGGCUGCAGCAUCUUGGACAACUGGGGUGGUGGUGGAGUCAACCCAGAUCACCUGCAUCUUCAGUCUGCCCUUCUGUGGAACAGGAAAGAUUCAUCACUUUUUUUGUGACGUCAUGGUUGUAGGGAAACUGGCUUGUGUUGAUACCUCCCACAUUGAGACUGUGAUGCUCGCUGUCUCCGUGCUCUUCAUUAUGAAUCCCUAUUUGCUCAUCCUGUGCUCCUACCUGCGAAUUCUUGUAACCAUCGUGAGAAUCCCCUCAGCAACUGGCAGACGCAAAGCUUUCUCCACCUGUUCAUCUCAUAUCCUGGUUGCUUCUCUGUUCUAUGGCAUGUUCACUUAUCUUCAACCAAAGACUGCACACAUUCCAGAAACAGACAAAGCAACUGCACUCAUGUACACAGUGGUCACACCUGCUCUGAAUCCUGUUAUCUAUACCUUGCAGAACAAGGAAGUAAAGGAAGCCUUUCAAAGGGUAACACAGAGGAAUCCUCUUAGACAAAUGGCCUAA